AUGCUUGCUAAACCGCAAACCUUCAUGAAUGCAAGCGGUGAGUCUAUAUUUGACGACUUAGAUUUGCCUUUUGCAAAGUUGAGGUUAUUACCAAAAGGCGGCCAUGGAGGACACAAUGGGAUGAGGAGUGUGAUCGACCACUUUAGAGGGAGCCGUGAUUUCCCUCGUUUAAGAAUAGGCAUUGGAAGGCCUCCAGGCAAAAUGGAUCCCAUGAAUUUUGUUCUUCGCCCAUUUAACAAACAAGAACAUGAAGAGUUGCAUUUCACUCUCCUAAAUGGCUUAGAAGCAGUACGGAUUCUUUUGCUUGAGGGUUUUGAGAAAAGCGCGACAUUUGUUAAUAGUGCGAAAUCCUUGGAACAUCUUGCCUAAAGAACUGGUCAAAUUACAUUUAUUGGGUGAGUACAAGUUCACGGAUGAUAUUCAGGCAAGGACAUAGUGCUAUAUAUGGUGAAUGAAUAGAAUUUUUUUUUAGGAUUGGGCAAGCCCACAGGGAUACAUUAUAGAGGAAUUAUGAAAUCCUCUUUGAGAUCAGCAGGCUGUAUAGAGCCUUCUAAUUGUUUAUAUUCAGAGAAAUAGGUCAUGUCCACAACAAAGGGUUCUAUUUUUUCCUCAUUUAUUUCUUGCCUUUUUAGUUGUUUCAAUUGUUAAUAUAGGUAAUCUUUUGGGAUUGCACCAUAGAGUGCAAUCACCCCUGAAGUUUGAAAAUUUUCCUAGCUUGAU